CAGCAAAGAUGGCAUCGUCUUCUUCCUACUCCGAAGAUCUGACCUGUUCUAUCUGCCUGAGUAUCUUCAGUGAUCCGGUAAUCCUCGUCUGUGGACACUCUUUCUGCAGAGAAUGUAUCACUGUGUCUCUGAGCUCACAGCAGCAAUGUCCACAGUGCAGGACAACUUUUGAUGAGACUCAUUUCACAACCAGUCACAUUCUGAAAAGUCUCGCUGAGAAAGCCAAAGAAUCUGAGAAGUUAAAGACGGACGGUGGAACUGACAAAGAGGUUCCUACGUGGUUUUGUCCUGAGCAUGAAGAAAAGCUGAAGUUGUUCUGCGUCACAGAUCAGCAGCUGGUCUGUAUCAUAUGUAGAGAUAGUCAGAAACACCAAACACACCACUUCAUACCCGUCAAAGAAGCUGCUGCGUCACUGAGGAAGGAAGUGGAGACGCUCAAGCAACAAGGUUCUGCUGAAAACCUUUCUGUAGAAAAACUGGCUCAGACACAGAAGGUGGAGAUACGAAAAACCGGAGAGAAGUCUGAGGAGCUGAUGAAGCAAAUCAGCAGCCAGUUUGAGGAGAUGCACCAGUUCCUGAAGAAGAAGGAGGAGAAGAUCAAGAAAGAACUGAAACAGAAGGAGAACAACGAGGUUCAGAAGAUGACUGAAAGUUUAAAUGUCAUGGAAACGGUUUUGAUGGAAGGCAGAGAGUGGGAUAAAAAGAUGACAUCAGUUCUGAAGGUCACUGAGCCAGAGAUGUUCUUACACAGCUGGACUCAUGGGGGCAGUAGUUCUGCCAAGGAUAGACCUAAACCAAUAGAACCUCCCCAAGUGGUGAGAUCUUCUCUCUCUAUGGGUCCUUAUGAGAGUCACCUGCAGCUUUUCAUGUGGAAGGAGAUGCUGCAGGUGAUCAAGCCUCGAGCAGAACAGAUGCAGCUCAGAAGCCAAGAUCACUUUCUAACUGUGACGAGUGACGGCCGGAGUGUCGUCUCCGCCUGCCAGAAAUGCCUGUAUGGACAGAACAGUCCACUGAGUAGGUUAUUAUCACGUUUUCAAACCUACACAUCUGUAUUGAGCACCAAUAAGUUCACCUCUGGGGAGCAUUACUGGGAGAUUGAUGUUGGACGGAAGGGUUACUGGGAACUGGGGCUUCAAAACUAUUUCCUGAAAUAUGACGGUAGCACCUACAGCGUCUCUGAUCAGGGUCAGUGUCAGCAGAAACAACUUGGAGGCAGUCCUACAAAGAUCGGCGUGUACCUGAACUGCUCUUCCAAAGAGCUGUCCUUCUACAAUGCAGACAACAUUAAACAUAUUCACUCUUUAACCCUCAGUGACUCCGUGUCAGAACCUGCAUAUCUGACCAUUGGAGAGUAUGAUGAUAACGUCCCGGUGUCAGUGUGCUGGUACUCAAAAAGGGUCAACGGUUCUAAUACCUUAGACUUCUUAGACUUCCGCUCAGAAUUUAGUAGGCAGAUGGACACAGCCAAACGUGGUAAAGUGCCCCCCCGCCAACGCCCCCGCCGCGCCGCCGCCGCCGCCGCUGCCGCCGCCGCCGCUGCCGCCGCCGCCGCUGCUCCCCCGCCGCAUUAGUCGCACCCACUCUCUCAUCACCAGAGCGAGGGUUUCCUCCACCCGUGUUCGCCUCAUCGGCCCGGGGCGGGGGGCUAAUACAUUUUACAAGUACAGUCAACUUAAUUGUGUUAAGUUUACUUUAUUUAUCAAAAUCAAGUUGACUUUACCUGCAAAUGAAUUUUGUACAUACUAAAACUUAAGUAGUUUAUACAAAGACUAGUCUUUCUUGAUCUACAUAAAAAUCUCAUGAGAAAAAGUCGCCUUAAUUAUUUUAAAGUAGAUCAAGCCAGACAUUUUUUACUGUGUUUGUUCUACUUAAACAAAUAAAACAUGUUUCAUCUAAACGUUGGUCAAUCUGCCCAAUAGAUUAAAACUGUCAAAGUAAAAGUAAAUACAACAAGAUCAUUGCUUGUUGUUUGUGUGUAAAUGUAAAGAUUACUGGGAUUACAGAAAUACUGCUGGUUAAGGAAAAAAUUAAUAAUGUCUUGUUUUUUGAACAAAUGCAGAUUAAGUUCAAAACUAGAUGUUUUCAUGUAAAGCAACAAACUUCAUUUUUAAUUGUUAAUAUCACAGAUUUAAAUAUGUUAUAUUUACAUGAUUAGAUGUAUUUUUUUCAGUGUACUCACUCCGCAGUUCCAGGGACAGAUAAUGUCAGUAUUCUAGCUUUGAUUCAGUCUUAGGGACCUGGACUGGUUGCUGUUUGUUUGUUUUCUCUCUUACUGAUUUAAAGGCUUGUGUGCCUGUUGUUCUCUGUGUUUCUCUCAAUUGCUGCUCUCAGAACUAGCAGCAGAUCCCCCCCCCGAAUCCCCCCCCCGACCUCC